UUCUAAAUGAUUUCCGCAAAAUCCUCUCAAACUGGUACAGUGUAUAUGCCAUGGAGACGAGAAUUGGGUAAGGGCUUUAAAUGAGACUUUAUCGGAUUUGUUUUGAUUCCGCUUUCCGUGGCUAUAUAUUUAAUCGAUGCAAUGUAAGGAUGCAAAAUAAUAAACACUAGUUCUCCUGCGGGAACGGGUGAUAUUAACCGGACGGUCAGUGGACAUCGUUAUCACUGCAUAACAUAAGUAUUUAUCACCGGAUAUUGUACAUGGGACAUAAAUAUCUUUUAUUGGUUUCUAAGGAAUUAAAAUCCAUGUAAAACUUGCUGUUAUCUUAAGAUAUUUUGGGUAAAAAUGGGAAACAUAGAUUCUAAGGCUGUUAGGAAUAUCAAUGUGAGUAAAAUACUUCACAACAAAAAGAAAGCAGAGCUGGUGGAGCCGGUCCUCACGGAAAGCCAGGUGGAUGUUUUACAAGAGUCUUGGGGAGUUCUGAAACAUGACAUCAGCAAAGUCGGGGUCGUCAUGUUUAUGAAUCUUUUUCAAACGCACCCCGAGGUACAGGAUGCGUUUUUACCAUUCCAACAGUUGGCGAAGGAAGACAUGGAACACAGCUCCAUCUUGCGGUCACAUGCUCUCCGUGUAAUGGGGACGGUGGAUAAAUGUCUGACUCGGAUUCGGACACCGGAAAAACUUCAGAAUCUCAUGCAUGAGCUUGGGGAGAGACACAUGAAUUACAACGCCAGAUAUGACUUCAUAGAUUUGGUGGGUUCCCAAUUUGUGCACGCCAUAAAACCUCAUUUAGAAGACUGUUGGAGCAAGGAAUUAGAAGAGGCGUGGCUACAGUUAUUUAAGGUUAUGUCUUAUCACAUGAAGAAAGGGAUGACGGACGCUAAUGUCAUCACGUACUGAAGAACCAGUACCUCAGACAGGCCAGAAAAGGCGUCCUCUCUGUGGUGAUCCGUGUUGCCUUAGGGAUAUUCUCACUAAUGAUCCAUCCUCUGCUAUCUGUAAUUAGUACUAAUUAUCGUUUGUAAAAUGAUGCAAUGAUGACAUCGAAUCUGACAUAACGUCUAUAUUGCCUAGUGUAUGUAUGCUUUUGUUUCGUGUAAAGAAUUUCCAGACUUGUAUAUAAUUGCUGUAAGAAUUUCCACACUUAUUAUUACGGUAGGAAUUCCCACACUUGUAAGAUACUGUCUGUGUACUAUAAGGGUAGCUGACUUUUAGCUCCAUCUGUCCGGUUGGCAACGUGUCAAAUAAAGGUUUCAUCUUCUGAAAUUUGUUGAAGAUUUUGAAGUAUUCUAAUAUGAUAUACCUUUUGUUUCUAGGCUGUCGUUGGAUAUCAAAGUUUUGAGAAUUUAAUCUUUAUUCAAUAUGCAACACGUGAAACAGUAUUGUAAAUCAAAAUCUAUAACUAGCAUCUGUGUUAUCAAUUAUAAAAAUAUUCAGAUAUCAAAUCCACUCUACAUAGGUGUUCAAAAUUAUCUUUGAUGACAUUUUUAAAAGCGUUAGCGCUUCAUGAAAAGUAUGCCGAUGUGAAGCGUUGCAGUUCAUAACCUCAUGCGUUUUUAAAACUGAAAUUUAUUUCUUAUAUUUACAUUCUACUUUCAUUUCUGUCGGAAUCCCCAGCCGUUAAAAUAGACCUCUGGGUCGAGGCCUCUGCUGGUGGACUGUUAGUCCCCAAGGGUCUCUACAGCCCAGUAGCUAAGUACUUCGUUACUAGCUUGAAAAUACGGAUGUAUAUUUAAUUGCUGUUAUAAAAUUUAGGAAUUCAUUUCAAAAUUAAGGAUUAUCUCCCUCAUGCAUAGCUCUUAUCCUUACCCGAAUUUGACUCCACCUCCUUUUUUUUUUUUUUUUUUUUUUUUGGCACGCUGUUUUUGGCUAUAUAAAGCUCUAAAACUUCAUUGUUAUUUCGGAUUUCCAACAUUUCGGUUGAGCAUCACUGAAGAGACAUUAUUUGUCGAAAUGCGCAUCUGGUGCAUCAAAAUUGGUACCGUAUAAGUUUUACCUACAACUUUGUAUUCAUAUGACUGCAGCGUGUUCACGAUGAAAUGGUUAUCAUUACAAUUUGUAAAGAUAUCAAAGGCAAAAACAUAGGGAAUGUAUAUAUCAUGUUGACAUCGUUUCAUAUUAUUUUGUUUCCAGUUCAUGAGCUCUUUUUCAGUGUUGUGUUUGAUUUUACCAUCAUUUCCUGAAAGAUGUCCACCAUCUCAUCUGUUAUAAAGGUUGUGACUGUCAUGUUUAUAUAAAUGUAUUGUAAUAAAAUAAAAUAAUGAGAGUUUCA